GCAGGCGCUGCGCGACGCCGAGAAGGAAGAGGACUACGACACCCUGCACGCUCAGCUGGCCAAAGCCAAGAUCGCAGGAGUGGAGAUCGAGCACAUCGAGAGGGCGGAGGAGCGGCUCAAGGCGCUGCGGAAGGAGGGCCUGCACGUCCACGUCGGCUGCGACAAGGAGGUCGGCCCCCUGGGGAGGAGGCGGUGCGCGGCCGGCCGCCGGCCCCCGGGGGAGGCGUCGGCUGCGCCGCUCGCUCCCUGCACGGUGGGCGCCCACGAUGUGCCCCGGAGAGCACGCCGGGCCCCGUCGUCGCCGGACACGCGGUGGGCCGCUGCUUGCCAGGAGGCCCGCCCUCGUCCGGUUAGGUGUCGGCCCUCUGCCCCUCGCGGCGCGAAGACGAUGCCGCUGCCCCUCCUCCUCCUCCUCCUCCUCCUCCUCCUCCUCCUCC